AUGUUCAACAGGUCCAAUAUUAGUCUACUUCUAAGACCUUUGCUUCAUAAUUUGAUGCAGACAUCCACUCAACAGCAAGGUGCAAAUGCACUUCCCAAGCCCUUACAUGCUCCCUCCACAACAACCAUAUCACCUAUGAGCAACCGCAACUUUCUCUACCUGAGAGAGACCAACUUGGUCCUCUUCUUGGCCAUGCAGACAGUGUAUCCCAUUGCCACUGAGGUCAAAUUGGAUUUCAAGCACAAAGAUCCUGACCCCAAGGAAAUGUUCGAAUUGAGAUUUGAACUGUCUCAGUAUUUACAGAUCGCAGCCACCCUGGAUGACAUGGAGCUCAAAUACACAGGUCCUCUCCUUCAGCAUCUUUCCACCAUUCAAAUAGUCACUUGUGGAAUAACACAUGCUCUUUCCACUGAGAAAAAGACUAGCUGGCAAUGGCUGGAGAUCACCCUCCAUCAUGCUGCCUCUGUUUUCAGUGUUGAUUGCCUCCUCCCCUUGCACUUUCAUAUGCUACCCCUUCUGUUCACUUAUGGUUACACUUGCAACCACAAGGCUCACUGGUCUGGUGCACUUGCUUUAUGGACAUGUUCUUGUGAAAUAUGA